AUGGGCGCCCCUCCGCGGCUGCCGCUUCUGCUCGCAUCGACUUUGGCGUGGCUGCUGCUGUCCGCGUCCGCGCGGCCAGGAGCGUCGGACCGGAACUUUGAGCGCUCUGGUGUGAGGGAGCUCCUGCAGGAUGAGGAGCCAGAGCCUUGCCUUUUCCUGAAUGGGAGGAUUAUUCCUCCAUGCCCCCAGUUGGACGAACUGCUUUCCACGCCAGAUACUACACCGCCAAAGAUGGCUUCGCCCUCCCCUCAAGCGCCCAAGCCACCUGCUCCCUCUCCACCCCCCACCAAGUCACCUGCUCCCUCUCCAACUCCCGCCAAGUCGCCUGCACCCUCUCCAAGUCCGAAACCAUCGCCUUCACCAAAGGCGUCGCCUUCACCAAAGGCAUCGCCUUCACCGAAGCCAUCGCCCUCUCCAAAGCCAUCAUCUUCGCCGAAACCAUCGCCUUCACCAAAGGCAUCGCCUUCGCCAAAGCCCCCAGCAGAAAUGGUAAUGACCAACAUAACAGCUGUCCUUGACAACUGCAGAUUCAAUGGUUCCCUGGUUGCAACACAAGCUGCAGUUGAGGGUUGCACUGUAGUUGAAGAGGAAUGCAUGCCAACAAAGCUCACUGCAUUUUCUUCAGUCGAUGAAAACAUGACAGCCAUGGCUGUCAACAAAAUCGUUGAGCAGGCGUGCAGAACUGAGGCGAUCGCCACCUGUUCGAAAAUGGCUUUCACAUUCGUGCCCCCGGACUGCAAGGAGCUCCUGGAAAACGGGCCAGCCGAGCCACAGGACGUGUGUGCAGGAGUGCGGCAAGCCAAUGAGAUCUUCGAGUCGACUGUCAGCCUCUUUUGUGAGGAGGAGUUCACUCCCGAGGAAGAGGGAAAUUGA